CCUGCCCGGCACCUCUGCCUCUCUGCGCCGCUGCCUCUCGCAUUCCAGCAAAGGCGCUGAAACCGGAGCCCCGCGCUGAGCUCAUCACCGGGCCGUGGAAUCAGGAGUUAAAUGAUACCAAAAAACAGAGAGGGGAGAAGAGAGAGAGAGAGAGAGAGAGAGAGAGAGAGAGAGAGGCAGCCGUCAGUGCAGUACAGGUCUGGAACUGGUUCUACUGUGUCUGCUCGCCGGCGCUCCUCGGGGGUUAAGUUUCACCGGAGAAAGCGAGGAGGAAGAGGAAGAGGAAUAAGAGAACUGCUGGCGUCUUGUCUCUGAAUUCUCCUUGCUUUUGUCUGUCUCGUUUCUCCUCCUCGUGCCGCCUCUCAGCGGCCUGACUGACUGGUGCCUGCAGUUCCCUCUUGACACACUCUAGCGAGCCUCGCCGCCCGCCGCCCCUCCAUCCGCGCUUUCAAGUUAACAAGCCCCCGUCGGACUCGUCGUCGUGUUCCGGGAGCCGGCUGGGAUGUGCGCGGUAAUGCCGAGAGGUCGCGCUCUCCACUCUGUCUGAGUCUCUGUUCCUCUCUGACCCUGACAUGACCACCAAGCGUCCAAAGACAGUCUCUGGAUCCAAAUGUCACCCCCCUUGGACUCUGCCCUGGUCGGGGACCAGCAGUGUGUGACGGACAGGCGAGUGGAGCCUUGCGGUGGCUCUCUACUGCGUGGCUUCAAAUUGGCCCUGGCUGAGCUCUGCAUGGAGCAGCGAGUGAAGAGUCCCGCCACGGUCUGAGGUCGCAGCAUGGAUGGAGUCAGUCAGAGGACCGGCCACCACUAAUGAGACCAUCGCUCUUCGACUGAGGACCAGCAUUUACAGGAUUACUCCCACGGUUUCCUUCUCCUUUCUCAGCUAACUACAUCAUUACCGAAACUCUCCUCGUUGGACUUUGCGUGGGUCGGCCUUUUUGGGUGGAUAUAUUAAGUCUUUUUUAUUAUUUUUUUUAUUGUUGGUUUCCCUUUUCCUGUUUUGUUUUUCCACUAUGGAGUUUCUGGCUGGACCUUGGAAUAAAGAUUGGGCUUCAUUCUUGCAAUUUUGGUUGACUGUUAUCUUAAGCCUCCAAAUGCAAUUCAGCCCGGGUGCCUCUUGCCCGGACGAGUGUCGUUGUGACAAACCGUUUGUGUACUGCAACGAGCGCAGCCUGACAUCAGUGCCUCUGGGGAUACAGGAGGGCUUCAAGGUCCUCUACCUGCAUAACAACCAGAUAAACAACGCGGGCUUCCCGGUGGAGCUUCACAACGUGGCCACAGUGGAGACCGUGUAUCUCUAUGGGAACCAGUUGGACGAGUUCCCCAUCAAUCUGCCCAAAAACACCAGGGUCCUGCAUCUCCAGGAGAACAACAUCCAAACCAUCUCCAAGGCGGCCCUGGCCCAGCUGACUCAGCUGGAGGAGCUGCACCUCGACGAUAACUCCAUCUCCACGGUGGGGGUGGAAGAAGGCGCCUUUAGGGAGGCGGUGAGCCUCAAACUCCUCUUCCUCACCAAGAACCACUUAAGCAGCGUUCCCAUCGGCCUCCCCGAGGACCUGAAAGAGCUGCGGUUGGACGAGAACCGCAUCGCUCACAUCGCAGAGGAGGCCUUUCAGAACGUGACCCGCCUGCAGCGCCUCCUGCUGGAUGGGAACCUGCUCACGGACGAGGGCAUCGCACCAGGGACCUUCCAGGAACUGGCGACCCUCCGCGAGCUGGCCCUGGCCCGCAACUCCCUCACCUUCCCCCCUCCCCUCCUGCCCAGCCAGUCGCUCGUCAAGCUGAGCCUGCAGGAGAACCAGAUCGACCAGAUUCCUGUGGCGGCCUUCGCCGACCUAAACCGGCUGGAAAAACUGGACGUCUCCAGCAACCAGCUCCAGACUCUCACGCAGGGCGUGUUCGACGGCCUGUCGAGCCUCAAGCACCUCAUAGUGCGCAACAACCCCUGGCGCUGCGACUGCGGCGUGAAGUGGGUGGUGGUGUGGCUCAAGUCCUUGCCCUCCUCCGUCAACGCGCGAGGGUUUGUGUGCCUGAGUCCGGACGCGGUGCGCGGCAUGGCGAUCCGAGAGCUCACGCUGGAGAUCAUAGAGUGCCCGGUCGACGCCGACCAGCCGCCCUGGCCCACCCUCCGCUCCACGCCCCCUCCCCCGCCCACAACCACCGCCAUCGCCACCACGAUCUCCUCCACCCCCAUCGCCACAUCCAUCCCGUACUUCUUUGACUCACCCUCCCCUCCUUUACCCCCGAUCCAUAACAACCCGCCUGGGCCCCUGCCUCCUUACGAGGACCCCCUUCAGAUCUCCUUCCAGGUGGUCAACUCCACCAGCAUCGAGGUGAGCUGGGCUUCCUAUUUCACCGUCACGGCCUACAAGGUAACUUGGGUCAAAAGGGGCCAAAGCCAAAUAAACGAGGGAAUGCGCGAGAGGACGGUGAGCGGGGACCGGCGGAAGACUAGCCUCACCAACCUGGAGCCCCGAUCUGUGUACCGGAUCUGCGUGCACGUGCUGGACACCCUAAACUCCUACAGGCCCGGAGAGGAUACCAUAUGCUCCGAGGCCAGGACCAAAGCUGUUGUGUCUACCAAGGCUCCCGGUGAGCAAGCGCCACGGGAGAGCAUCAACUCCACGCUGCUCAUGGCCGCGAUCAUAGGCGGGGCGGUGCUCAUCGUCCUGCUGACGCUGCUCAGCCUGUUCUGCUGGCACAUGCACAGGAAGAGCCGGUCGUCUUCGACCAAGUGGAAAUACAACCGGGGCAGGAGAAAAGACGACUACGGCGAGGCCGGAACCAAGAAGGAUAACUCCAUUCUGGAGAUGACCGAGACCAGUUUCCAGAUAGUGGCGCUGAACAAUGAGCAGCUGCUCAAGGGAGAUUUCCGCAUUCAGCCUAUCUACACGCCCAACGGGGGCAUCGGAUUUAGAGACUGUCACCUCAGUAACAACAGCAUAGCCUACUGCAAGAGCAGCAACGUGCCCAGUACAGAGUUCUGCCACACGUGAUGCAGCGGCAAACAGUACAGCCGCGUUCACACGCAAAUACACACACACACACACACACACAUAUACCAGAAACACUUCAAACGUGCAUAAACAAUACACACACACACACACACCGUUUGUGAAGACAACAUAGAAAUUCUAGUGAAAUAUAACUGUACUAUAUAUAUUUCCAAGUUCUGUCUACGAUGUAAUUUAUACUGUGGAUAAUAAUGUGGGAUUCUCUGCUAUCUUUUGUAUUCUUAGGAAAAGAGAUACAAGUGUUUCUUUUUUUUCUUUUAUAACCAGCAGGGUUUUGAACGUUGUUUUAAUGGUCAGUACUGUACAUGAACACGGAUUUGUACAAUCACGGCACCCUGGGUGUAGCUUCUGACAGAUGCUGUCAGCCUUGGAAACGUUGGGGGCGCUUAGAGGGCUGGGAUCUUUUGCUAACCACAGAAGCAAAAAAUAUGGCCUUUUUAUUUUAUUUUUUUGCUCUUUGAAACACUGCAAACCCUCCCCCGGUACAACAGAACAGAACGGUAGUAAAGACAACACAGCACGGGGGGG